AUGGAUGUGUCCGAUGUCUGGAGUGAAGGAGGUGCUUGCUUCCAAAAAAGCAGCUUUGCGGGGCUUGAGUUUUUGCAGGUUGUUGAAGGAAUGAUUAGUAGGUGUGAUCGCUUGGAAUUUAUCCAAUUUGUGGGCAUAGCUUGUCGACUAUGGCUUAGGCGGAAUGAUUUUAUACACAGUGGGCUGUUCACACACCCGAUAGUUCUCUUUAAGCAAGCUCUUCAGGCGAUAGAGUUGUUCCAAACCCUGACGGCUAGAAGGCAGACUAACUGGGUCUCAAUGGCAGAAAGCUCGGAUACAGCAUGGACAGUACCUCCUCCUGGUUGGUUUAAAGCCAACUGGGACACUAGUGUGGAUAUCAAGCAGGGACGCGUGGGAUUAGGGGCUGUUCUGGGGGAUCACCAGGGCAAGAUGUGGGCAGCACAAAGCCAGACAAGACAUGGCUUCCUGGAUCCUUCAGCGGUAGAAGCUUUGGGGGCCCUGUUGGCAGUGCAGCUUUGCAUGGAGAUGGGAAUACAACAAGUUCAACUAGAAGGCAAUGCUAAAAAUGUAAUCAUGGCAGUGAACUCGGAUGAGAGUAGCAGGGGACAAUUGCCUACAGACAUACGCUCGUCUUUACGGGCCAUAUCGGUCUGGGAAAUGAGAUAUUUACGCAGGGGGAGAAUAAGGUGGCUCACGCGUUUGCUAGAUUGGCGGUGA